AUCAGCCGCGUUUGACUCUCUCUCUCUCGUAAGACUCUUUCCCCCAACCCAAACAAUUCUACCAUCUGCACCUACCCAAUUGCACAACGGCACCUAUUCUAUCUCUUUCUCUCUCUAUUCAGAUACAUAUAUACACACACACACACAUAUAGUGUAUGUAUGUGUGUAUCUGUGCUUUCUUCUUGUUGUGAACUUCCUACCCCAACCAAAACGACGUCGGUUUGACUUUCUCCUUCGUAUUUCUUGAUGUGCCAUCGACCAGAGCUCAGAACCUUAACCGAAUUGAGGAAUCUAGGGUUCUGAUAAUGGUCUCAGAAGAUUCGAUUCUCCAUGGAAGAAGAAGAUUCGGCUUCAGGUCUCUACAGGCCUCACAUGGAAGCCCACAACCAAAGUCUCGAAGAAACUGUGCAGACUUUAGAGCUCCGGAACAUGGACGGAUGUGAGCCGAUUCACGAAUUUGACGAUUCGCAGCUCGUUGGAGCUCCUGCGAUUGUGGAGACGGAUUCUGUGGUCGGUGGCGGAGGAGCUCGUCCGAAGGCCGGCGCGGAGACGAAGACGAACGCGGAAGCGGAAGCGGAAGCGGAAGUGAAAGACGAGGGAGUUUUGAAGAGGAAGCGAGGUAGGCCGCCCAAGGGCCAGGUGAAAUCGCCCCCUCCGAAGAAGAACAACAACGAAGAAGAGGAUGUCUGUUUUAUAUGUUUCGAUGGUGGAAGUCUGGUGCUCUGCGAUCGCCGGGGCUGUCCCAAGGCAUACCAUCCUUCUUGUAUUAAGCGGGAUGAGGCAUUCUUUCGAUCCAAGGCUCGCUGGAAUUGCGGUUGGCAUAUCUGCAGUAGCUGUCAGAAGGCUGCCCACUAUAUGUGCUACACUUGCACAUAUUCAUUGUGCAAGGGAUGCACUAAAGAUGCUGAUUACCUAUGUGUAAGGGGGAACAAAGGAUUUUGCACAACAUGCAUGAGAACUGUUAUGCUGAUUGAAAAUCAAGAAGGAAACAAGGAAUCGGCUCAAGUAGAUUUUGACGACAAAAGUAGCUGGGAGUAUCUUUUCAAGGUAUACUGGAUUUACUUGAAAGGAAAGCUAUCUUUAAAUUUAAAUGAGCUCACCCAAGCUAAGAAUCCCUGGAAAGGAGUUGGUACUAUGGGUUGCCAGGGGCAAUCAUUGGAUUUACAUUAUGGUGCUAGUGAUGGCAAAGGUUCUAUUUCAGACAGCUCCUCUGGACAUCUGGAGGCAAAUAGUUCUAAAAGAAGAAAGACCAAGGACCACCCGGAGUUUCUCAACAAGGACUCUUUGAGCAUUUAUAAAUCAAGUACAGAUAAAGGCACAACUUCAGUUGGAUGCACGGAUUGGGCAUCUAAAGAACUCUUGGAAUUUGUUGCCCACAUGAAGAAUGGUGAUACAUCUGUUCUUUCUCAGUUUGAUGUCCAGGCUCUUUUGCUGGACUAUAUAAAGAGAAACAAUCUUCGUGAUCCUCACCGGAAAAGUCAAAUCAUUUGUGAUUUAAGGCUUAAAAAUCUGUUUGGGAAACCACGCGUGGGUCAUUUUGAAAUGUUAAAGCUUCUUGAAUUUCACUUUCUUAUAAAGGAGGAUCCCCAGAAAAAUGCCUUUAUUCAGUACAGCAUUGUUGAUGCCAUUGUGAGCCCAGCAGAGGCUGACGACAACAGUGACAACCUACUGAUGAUGGGCAAUGAGAAGAGACGUAAGACUCGUAAAAAGGGUGAAGAAAGAGUACCACAGCCCAGUCCGGAUGAAUAUGCUGCAAUUGAUGUUCACAACAUCAACUUGAUUUACUUGCGGCGUAAUUUAAUGGAGAGUCUAAUAGAAGAUAAUGCAAAAUUCCAUGAUAAGGUUAUUGGGUCAAUUGUGCGAAUAAGAAUUUCCAGCACCGAUCAGAAGCAAGAUAUGUAUAGGCUUGUACAAGUUGUAGGUACAAGUAAGGUGGCUGUACCAUAUAAACUUGGCGAAAGAGCAGUGGAUGUCAUGCUCGAUAUAUUAAACUUAGACAAGAAAGAGGCUGUAUUAAUUGAUGCAAUUUCAAAUCAAGAGUUCUCUGAGGAUGAAUGCAGACGUUUACGUCAGAGUAUAAAAUGUGGACUCGUUAAACGGUUGACUGUGGGUGACGUACAGGAGAAAGCAAUGGCACUCCGGGCAGUGAAACUCAAUGAUUGGCUGGAAACAGAGAUAUUCCGCCUUAAUCAUCUUCGUGAUAGAGCAAGUGAAAAGGGGCAUAAAAAGGAGCUUAGAGAGUGUGUAGAGAAAUUACAGCUUCUGAAGACAUCUGAGGAACGUCAGCGCAGGCUACAUGAAAUUCCAGAAGUACAUGCUGAUCCAAAUAUGGAUCCAAAUUAUGAAUCUGAAGACGGUGGAGAAUUUAGUGAUAAGAAACAAGAUAAAUAUGUGAGUCCAAAAUAUUCUGGAUUCAGUAGGAAUAGAAGGGAGUCAAUUUCUCCCCGAAAAGUAGGUGAUACUUCCAGUGAUAAAGGUGGCAGGGCAUUGAAAAAAUUAAUCACCUGUGAGCGUAACAGAAACACAUGUACUACAUGGUACCCAAAUAAAGAAGAUCCUACCUGUAAUGAGAGAAAAGAUGCAUGUGGAUCAAAUGGUUUGGAGAAACCUGGAAAUCAUGUUGAUUCUGCUGGUUCAGCGAUUGGUAAGUGGAAUAAUCAAGCUGUGGUGAGGUCCGGAUCAUUCUCUGGGGUUGCAUCAGAAACUUCAAGUGCAACUCUCUCUAUCGAGAUGGCACCAUCUGUCAAUGAUUAUGAAACAGACAAAUUGUGGCACUACCGGGACCCAAAUGGAAAGAUUCAAGGACCAUUUUGUAUGGUGCAGCUGCGCAAGUGGAGUACAACAGGAUACUUUCCACUUGAUAUGAGAAUAUGGGGCAUCAAUGAUAAAGAAAGUGAAUCCUUACUUUUGACUGAUGUAUUGAAUGGGCAGUUCCAUAAAGCGUUGCCAUCACCGUAUGAAAUAUCUUUACAGUCUCAGGAAGUUGGAGGUGCCUGUGACAGUAGAUCACAUAUAUCUGAUGGCAGGUGGAACGGGAAUAUGAAUACACCUGGGUUAAAUAGCAAAGAAAGUGAGGGGAGCUGGAACUGUUACGAUGGAAAAUCCCAUUCCAAUGCUAAAGAUGAAUUUGGAGGUAGCAAUGUUUGGGGUUCACAUUCUUCCAACUGGACUACACCUGUUGUUAAUUCCAAGGAUCUACAGGCUGGAAGUUCUUCUCUAUGUCGGGACUCAUUCAAGGGUAAUAGUUCCUGUUCUGACCAGUCCCAAGUGCAUAGUCAGCUUCCCUUGUCCACAAUUUCUGAGCAUCAGUAUGGAACUGCAUCACAUCAAGAAAGAGGAGGUCUAGAGGGCGAAACAUGGAACUCUGGUCCAAUUCAUGAAAAUUUGAAUUCACCUGAAACCUUUCAGCCUACAGGUGGACAGUGUCACGAGAACCAAUCUAAUGGUCAAGGCCAUUCAGGCCAAUCUUCUGGACAAAGCUGGAAGCCCUUACCUGUUAAUUUUUCUUCCAACAACUGGGAUUCUAAAUCCAGUUUUGCUUCUGUGGCCAAGUCAACUGAUUCUCCAGAACAGAAUUGUGAAGCUGACAUCCAAAAUUUGCCUAGUCCAACACCUAAGAUCAACAAUGAGGAAUUGGAAGGUCAGGCUACUGAAAACAAGCAGUCUGUUAUGUCGAAUGUUCAUAAAGAAGAUUCACAUAUUCCAGAUCUGCCAAGUCCCACACAAGACGAUUCACAUCUUUCAUAUCCACCAAGUCCCACACAAGAAGAUUCACGUCUUCCAGAUCUGCCUAAUUCCACACAAGAAGAUUCACAUCCACAUCUUCCAGAUCUGCCUAGUCCCACACAAGAUGAUUCACAUCUUCCAGAUCUGCCUAGUCCCAAACAAGAAGAUUCACAUAUUCCACAUCUGCCUAGUCCCACACAAGAAGAUUCACAUAUUCCAGGUUUGCCAAGUCCCACACAAAAAGAUUCUCAUAUUCCAGCUCUGCCUGGUCCCACACAAGAAGAUUCACAUAUUCCAGAUCUACCUAGUCCCACACAAGAAGAUUCACAUGUUCCAGGUUUGCCAAGUCCCACACCAAAGUCUAGCCAUGGGGAUGAGAAAGGUGAGGCUGCUGAAAACAAGCCAUCCGUGUCUUCAAAUUUUAUUGUUCAAGAUUCAGGCCCUAGCUGGAGCAGUGCUUCUAGUCUAGUGGUGGGUGAUGGGGUACAACUGCCUGAAAUAGCUGAUGAGUGGGGAGGAUAUUCUCCUACUCCAACAAAACCUUCCGAUGAGGAAAUGGACUCUGGUCUUGCAUCUGUGUCUUCGUUGAAGGUGCCUGAACCAAUUAGUGAUCUUGUUGCUUCUCCAACACCAAAUAGUGAGCAACUUAUUCAUUCUUCUCCAUCCCAUCCUGCAUCUAGCUGGCAGGUAAUUGUUGCCGAACCCAUUGAGUUUAGCACUUUGGCAGAGGAAUCAGUCUCAGAUCUGUUGGCUGAAGUAGAUGCGAUGGAGUCCCAAUGCGGCUUGGCUUCCCCUACUUCAGCAAUGAGCUAUGGUGGGGACAUGAUUCAGGGUUCUAGAAAUGAUUGUUUUAGUUCCAUUGAGGGUUUGAGCCCUACGGCUGAUACGGGAAAAAGUGAUGCUUUGAGCUCCACUGCGGACAUACAGUUACCUUCUGAACCUAUAAUGAUAGAUGAACCACUUGGGCUAUCUCAGGGUUAUGUUGAUCCUGUAAAGAGUUCUGGUGGGCAAUCUUCUACAAAUGCUGAAGUCGAUGGAGAAACAAAGCCCAUUGAUGUUCCACUUGGGGUAUCUCAGGGUUAUGUUGAUCCUGUAAAGAGUUCUGGUGGGCAAUCUUCUACAAAUGCUGAAGUCGAUGGAGAAACAAAGCCCAUUGAUGUUCCACUUGGGCUAUCUCAGGGUUAUGUUGAUCCUGUAAAGAGUUCUGGUGGGCAAUCUUCUACAAGUGCUGAAGUUGAUGGAGAAACAAAGCCCAUUGAUGUUCCACUUGGGCUAUCUCAGGGUUAUGUUGAUCCUGUAAAGAGUUCUGGUGGGCAAUCUUCUACAAAUGCUGAAGUCGAUGGAGAAACAAAGCCCAUUGAUGUUCCACUGAAUCACAGUGAAUCUGGUUCAAAUAUUCAGCCACCGGCUCCAUCCACCACGAGUCAGAAAAUGGUUGACAUAAAUACUGUUAGAGGAGCAGGGUCAGAAGAUAUGGACUUGGACUGUGGCGGACCAGUUCGAAGAAUUACGAAAAUGAAUAGAGGAACUGGUCAGGAGACAGCAAUUGGAAAUGCAAACAUGAAUCUGGGUGCUUCAGCCCGCAAUACAGGGCAGGAGAAUCGGCCAAAAUAUGGUGGUGAGAGAUUUACUGCUCCAAGAGACCGGGUUCAUCAGGCUGGGAAUUCAGGAUUUGGAAGGGGUAGGUUCUCAUGGAGCUGUCAGUCAUCGGUCGGUGGUGGAAGUUAUCCUAGGCCUAAUCUCAAAGAACGAGUAUGUAAAUUUUAUGAGAGGGGAUACUGCAAGAAGGGAGCAUCGUGUGACUAUCUGCACCGAUGAUGGUGAAGUUCCACCGUAGUUUGCCACAAUUAAUAUUUAUGUACAAUCAUUCUUUAGAGGAAGUCGGUCUACAUGUUGAUGACACUUGACUGAAAAUAUCAGUUUUAAUGGCAUUAUACAAUUUUUCUUUGAAUAA